CAUAUGUUUGCAUUAAGACACUCGAAAUUGGGAAUGUGCUCCCUGAGAGCUCUUGGAAACCCAAGAAUAGUUUUCAAGUCUAACAGAACUAGCUUGCAGGUCUCUAGAUUUUUCUCUUCAAGUACAACUUCAGACCUUCAGCAAUCUUUAAGGCAACAGGAAGAGAAAAAGGCUGAAGAGGAUGAGAUGAAGCAUCUUUAUAAGCAAAAAUCUGAGCAGGAGGAGUUCUUUGGUAUCCCUCUUACAAAGAAACAGCCUAAGAAUACUCAAGACGUUAUCUCUAAGCUCAGAAUGAGGUUUGAUGGCCCUGAUGAGCUGUUGAGUUUUUAUGAAGACAAUAGGCCUCAUUUUCAAGAUCCUGAAGCUAUCAAGUACUUUAGGAACAAGUUAAUUACUCUUUUGAAGAUGGAAAUGGAUAACCCUGACUCCAAACCUCUGGGUGAGCUCCAAGAGAAAGUCCGGAUAAGGAUUAUCAAAGAUAUGCUAUUUGUAGAUUUCCCUAAAGUUACAGGAGAAAGAUUGAAACUCUUUGGGACGAAGUACCAAAAGAAGCUUCCCAAACCUCAAAUUGAUAUUGAAGUGGUGACAAAGAGGACUCAUAAGAAUAUUGAUAAGAUUUUGUCAAAUAUCGAGAGGCUCCCAGUGACACCAAGCCAAGCAGUCAAGUUUUUAUUUGCCUUCGCAGUGAAAGGAGUGCCAAUUCAUGAAGAGUUUAUGGAGGCUCUUGAGACUCAAAUUAUUAGGCAUAUGAACUAUUACCAGCCAAGACAAUUGUCAGGGAUUUUCACAUACUAUUGCCGGCUAAAUUAUGGAAGCGAGGACUGGAUCAAAAUCCUUUUAAUGAGUGUUCAAAACGUUGUUGAUAAGCUUACUCCUUAUCAACUUUACCAAGUCAUGUAUCAUCUCAAGGGAGAUUUCUUUAUUAAUUUAAUGUCAGAGAAACAGACCAAGUCUGUCUUGGUCUUCAUGAAUCAAGCUAUGAAGAACCUUGACAAUACCAAUUAUUUAGAUUUCUUGACCAUAGUGGAGAUUCUGUACAGAUACAAGAUUACUGAGAAAGCAUAUUAUGAACUAUUGGCUGUUACUCUGCCGAGGUUCAUGGCACAAUAUGAUAUCACCACUAAGGGAAACUUAAUUUAUAAGUUAUCAGCUCAAGGUAUUGACGAAUCUAGCAUUUUCAAUCUCACACAGGAAACUCUGAGAGAAUUCUUAUCAAGCAUGAUCAAUAACCAUGAGUUAUAUUCAGAAGAUGGACUAGAGACUCUCCAGCUUCAGGUUGAAGGUUUCUUUAAUGACAACCAGAUCAUGUAUUUGGAUCAAUUGUAUCAGAAGAAUAAGUCUGAGAUCGCUAAGAGCCAGGAGUUGCUGAAAGAGCUACAGCAAGAGCAAAAUGAAGAAGCUGUAAAUCACCUAAAACACUUGGUAACCUCUUUCUCAAGACUUUUGUGGUGAUACCUGUAUCACUGUAGCGACUUCUACAGAGAAGGAGAGGUUGAGAAGAUUGAUUAUGCUCUGCUCGCUUCUAGUGUUAAGAUCAUCAACCUCAUGUUCAAAAGGUUCCCUGAUGAAGGAGAGAUUCAGUUCAAUGAAGAAGAUAAAGAGCUUUUUGAGGAAAUUAACACAUCAUUGAACCUAAGGUUCUAUGACCUCACCUCUGAAAAGCAGAUAACUAUCCCCCAAAAUGUCAUUUUUGGUGAGAAAGAGGAGGAACAAAGACUAACAGCAUAAUUUUGUAAAAAAAAUCCUAAAAAUUCUACAAAAUCA